CGGAUUCCCCUCUUUUAUUCGAACUGAUACAAGUUAAUGCCUGUGGGUUAUUCAUCUACAGUAUAUACAUAUACAUUCAUAUAUAAGAGAGUGCGAUUAACUUGCUUCAGUCUGUUAGCGGGCUUUUUCGAACCACUCCCGGAGUGACACCAAUAAACAUGAGGACCGCUGUAGCGUUGUGUCUUUUAGUGACUUUUUGUACUGCCUAUGCUAAUCCGCUGGACGUACUGAGAAUUGGCGUGCAAAGAUCGAAAGGUCAAGUGCAGGAUAAUAUACAACAACUGGACCGUCUUCGCAAUAACGUCGCGCAGGACACAAUUUUCAAAAUAAAAAAUAAUUGGAUAGAACAAAUGCGAAGACACAACGAUUAUAGCAAUCCAACAAUUGAUGCGAUACGUAAAGAAGUGGAUGCCGCGAAGGGAGAGGACAAGAAUGCGCAGCCGUGUUACGAUACCGCUUCUAAUACUUUGAGAAACAUUUGGAACACAGCGUCAAGCGAUGCUCAACGAUGCGUCGACACUGCUGAAAGCUCCAUCAAGAGCGAACUUGGUUUUGUUGACAAUCUUAUCUCGACCGGACGUACGCUGAUGGUAGAAUUGGACGGCAUCUUCCUGAAUUGCUUCGGUAAUGAUAUUUUCCAAGUGCAGAGAUGCGUUGCCCUCAAGCUGGGAACAGCCAACGUCAAUGCGAGAGACUUGCAGAGCAAAGCAAAUUCCGCCAAAUUCACCGCCACGUCUGCGUCCAACAAUAUCGUUCUGCAGGGGAAUAACUGUGUGUACAAUGUUUACUCGCCCGCGUUCUCGCAGAUCACGGAGCUCAGAUUGGCCGCUACCAGAUGUCUCAAGGCUUUGUAAGCCAUGCGUCCAGUUUUUACCGAUAGACUCUUUUAUAUUUAUUCCUUAAAGAUAUAUUGUUUUCGAGAGGAAUCAUUAAUUAUGCCCAAGAUACCGAUUUCUGGUCCAAAAAAUUCUAGUGUUACACGCACAUAGCACCAUGCAUACUUUUUAUGAUACCCGAGGAAAAAUAAUUGCAAAUUUGCUUGGUGGCACAAUCAGCUUGCAAACGUUCUUCGUGACGCGUGCAUUUUGCAAAAUUAGCUUCGUGAAUGUUGGCGAUAUUAGCCACAAUAACUUUCAUCUUAUCUGCCUGUUUAUGGGAGUUACUACUUUUUCUACAAAAUAUGUAAAAUAUCUGACUAAAAUAAACGAUUGGUUCAUCAAUGUUUGUGGAAGCGAGCACGAGUCAAACACAAGUGUCAUAA